UUUCAUUUCUGAAAUAUGGCAGUUUAAACUAUACCAAUAAUGGGUUCAAUCUAGUAUUUAAAACUCAAUCUAUUUAAAUUAAUAAAAUGUGUAACAUACUGAAUUGUGUUUCCCCUUUUUGGAAGCAGAUGUGGAUGGCAUCGACAGUUUUAAUCGUGAAUGUGGGACUGGGCCUUGUGCUUGGAUACAUGUCCAUACUGAUAGCGGCGCUCAGUGUACCAGACUCGCCCAUUAAAAUUGAUCCAUCUUCUAUGUCAUGGCUAACUGCAUCCUUUGCCCCAGCCAUACUACUAGGACAUCUAAUAGCGUCUUACAUUAUGGGCAGUAUUGGUCGAAAACCAGUAUAUAUACUAUCACACUUGCCAAGUUUUGCCAGCUUAUUAUUAACGUAUUUUGCCAAAAAUUAUAUAUCACUUCUCAUUGGUCGUAUAUUAAUCGGAAUAACGGUUGGAGGAAUACAAGCAAUAAGCAUAAUUGCCAUCGCAGAAUGCGUCCAUCCAAAAUACAGGUGUAUGAUUUUAAAUUUAAAAACGGUUUUUUUCACUUCAGGAACUACAAUAGUUCAUGCGUUAGGGGGCCAUUUUCAUUGGAGAAUAGCCGCUAUUAUGAUACUAACUCCUUUUAUCGUGUCCUUCGUGAUGGCGUUCAUGUGGCCCGAAAGUCCCGCAUGGUUCGCCUCAAAGAAACGGUUCGAAGAUUGCGAAGACGCUUUCUUCUGGAUUAGAGGGAGAAGUAAUAGUUCAAAAUGUGAGAUCAAAGAAUUGAUCAAAGCGCAAAGGGAACGAUUGUUAAACGACAAGAGAACUGUCAACCGUAUACACCUCACUGAAUUGCGGAGACAAAUCAGUAAAAGGGACUUUUUGAAACCUCUUCUAAUUUGCAUUUGUGCUGUGGCUGUAAUGGAAAUGUCCGGCAGGCAUACAUUCCCAACAUAUGCUUUACAAUUUAUAGCGGAAAUUAUGGGAUCUCAAAGUAAUAAUUAUUACGUCUUAUGUUUGGAUUUGAUUAUUAUAGUAAGUGCUAUAUGUUCCUCUAUAUUAGUUCGAAUCGUUAACAUUCGAACUCUCCUCUUUUCCACUGGAUCCGCAGCAUUAAUUACAUUAUUUGUUACUUGCAUUUACCUUGCCUUAGCUUCAAAUGGCAUCAUAUCAAAUGAUAGGGCGUGGAUUGUUAUAUUACUUUUUGUAAUUUAUUUAUUUUUAGUAAACUUAGGUUGCAGUCCAAUACCAAUGUCACUGGCUGGAGAAAUGUUCCCAUUAGAACAUAGAGUGACCAGUCAUUGUAUAUUAGGUACAUUUAUAUGUGGUACGUUAAUGGUUUGUUUGAAAGUAUUUCCUUAUCUGUUGAUUCAGGUAAAAAUAUAUGGGACCCUUGCAAUAUCUGGUAUACUUACAGCGAUAGGUUUGGCAGUUUUAUAUUUUAUACUGCCAGAAACUAGAAAUAAAACUUUGCAAGAGAUAGAAGAUAUUUUUUAUAAAAAAAAUGAAAAUGAACAUGAGUUUGAGGAUGAUGUCAAUAGAAAAAUAGUGAACGAGGAAGUAGAUUAAAAGUAAUUAUUAUUUAUAAUUAAUAAUAUCUAACUACAAUUUUGAUCAAAUAAUCCUUGACACUAUUGACACUAUUUGCUUCCUCAAGGCUGUAAGCUGACAUCUCUCACUUUAACAGCCUCGCCGUAGAAAUAUUAAUUUAACUAAAAUUGUUAUGUACUCUUGCUCAUUAGCCUCUUGUCCGUUAUUUCGUAUGAAUGGACUUCAGACGUAGAAAAACCAAUUAAAUAAGUCAUUUGUAAAUAACACAUCAAGGUAAAACCAUACACCUGUGUCCAUACAAAUGCUUCGAGAAAAGCGGGUCAACUUUUUCAUACAAUUUUGCGUGACAAAUAGUUAUGAGUGAUUCCUUUAUAAC